UAAGAACUCAGGCCUCACUGGACACAUUCAAGAGAAGGUUGGACAACCACUAUUCCAAAACAGAAAAGAAACUCAUGCAUCAGAAAAGGUGACUAUAACCAUACUAAAAGAAUAUGGCUGCACAAAUACCAGAAUCUGAUCAGAUAAAACAGUUUAAGGAAUUUCUUGGAACCUAUAAUAAACUAACAGAAACCUGCUUUUUGGACUGUGUUAAAGACUUCACAACAAGAGAAGUAAAACCUGAAGAGACCACCUGUUCAGAACAUUGCUUACAGAAGUAUUUAAAAAUGACACAACGAAUAUCCAUGAGAUUUCAGGAGUAUCAUAUUCAGCAGAAUGAAGCUCUGGCAGCCAAAGCAGGACUCCUUGGCCAACCACGAUAGAGAAGUCCUGAUAGAUGGGCUUUUGAUGUAAUGUUGCUAACAGCUGUUGCACUGGAAAUGAGGAUUCAUUUGAUAGAAUCCCCUGAAAACAAGUCACCAUGUAAAACUGUCUGCCAUGAUUGUUUGAAAAAUGGAAAACACUGGAGAAACAAAACUGCUGUGUACCAGGAAUAAUCACAUAGAAGGUUUUGUUCAGUGAGAAUGGUGAGAUGCAGCACUUUUGAGGCCUUAAGAUUCAGCAGCUUGGUCACUUGAUUAGAAAAAUAAACCAUUGUUUCUUCAAUUGUGACUGUUAAUUUUAAAGCAAAAUAUGUGUUCAGUCAUGUAUGACAUAGAAAAAAAAUUUUAUUACUAAAAGUAAAAUAAAUGGAAGUAUCACU